AAUCCAUUUAAUCCAGCAUGAACUGGGGGCGCGUGGACCCGGUUUUGAUUCAUUGCCUUAAUGUCUAAGAAAAUUACAAUUUUUUCUACAAAAAUUCUGAAAUUUCUCUGUUGAGAUCGAUCGUGCACUCUCUUUGCUCCUUGCCCGGAAGCAAUUCUUUUGAAAAAUAAAAAUAAAAAUGGAAGAGCAGAAAACCAUGGAUGAACCUCUGCUCGCAGGAAAAAAUGAAAUUGGGGAGGAGAGCGGGAGAUGGAGUUCGUAUCAGCACGUGGGAAGAGCAGGGUCCGUCAUUCCGACGGCUUCUUUGGCCGGAACUGAGGUCAGCGUGGAGGAGAUUCGGUCGGCGGCGGCCUCUUCCGAAUACUACCCUCCCUCCAUCCAUGCCGGCUUGAUCAGUUCACCGGAGCCCGACCCUAAUGAGCAAGCUAUUGUUUAUCAGGGAGCAUAUGGAGGAGAUUUUGGUGGAACAACCAAUGAAAUUCGGAGGCAAAUACUGGAUGAGGUAGAGAUACGAGAGUUACUCAUUGAUCAUGUUGGCCAUCGUUGCUGCUGGGGAAGCUAUCCUGCUCGUACUUGGAAGUUUCAUGCAGUGGAAGACUGCAAUGUUUAUGUGGGUACUCUAGAAACUUUUAUAGAAGAGAGGGAGACUAUAAGAGAAAGAGUGCCGUAUUUUGGUGGCAAAGUAGAUGGAAAGGAUAAUGGGCCUGAACUCGGAGUAUGGGAAAUGGAUCUAAGGUCUGAAUUCCCUGUUUUAUUUGUAUCAUACAAAGAAUCACGAGCUAAAAUUCCUCAUUCUGAAGCUGUCGAGAAAUGCUCAGGUUGUGGGGGACGAGGAAAUGUUGUGUGUCCCAAGUGCAAUGCAGAUCAAGAACCUGGAUUGUACAAGGAAAAUUUGAUGACUCAGUGCCCUGGUUGCUAUGGAAGGGGUUUAAUUGCUCACAGAGAUGGCUCUGAUACAAUAUGUGUGAAAUGUAAUGGAAAGGGAAAUAUUCCUUGCACAACUUGCGGGUCUCGUGGGCUUAUUAAAUGUGAAAUAUGUCGUGGAGGUGGUUCUCUUUUGACACGCAGCAUUGCUGUUGUUAGAUGGAAGACUCUUUCAACUCGAAAAGUAAGUGCAACAAGCGGAGCAGCCUCGGUUCCAGAUGAGAUUUUCCACAGAGCCAAAGGGGUGCAGUUAUGCAACACCCAGGCCUACCAGUGCACUCCGGCCUUCUUUGCCGAUUCGUUCUUCUUGAACAAGUUUUCAUCUGAGGUCAUUGCAGAAAGGCCUUCGGUACCUCCCACUGCAAGGAUCAUAUGCGAGAGGCAUACCAUCUCUGUUGUACCAGUGACACGUGUCACGAUGGCUCAUCGCCGUCGUUCCUUCAGUUUUUAUAUAGUUGGUUUUAGCAGGGAGGUGUAUUUGAAGGAUUACUACCCCUCUAGGUUUUGCUGGGGUCUAUGCCCUUGCUUGGAUUGGUUGAAGUUGUGAUUCAUCUGCUGAGUUUAUGAUCUUCAAGAGGUUGUGGUCUUCAAGGCUUCGUGCUGCCCAUAAUUAGUUUAUCGGUAGUUUUCAUGGAUUCUCUCUCUCUCUCUCUCUCUCUCUCUCUCUCUCUCUCUCUCUCUCGUGUACCAUAUUGUCUUAGUUAUAACUUAUGGAGCAACAGGUGUGCAGUAUAUUUUUAUGAUGGUGGCUACCACAAAAGUGAGUCUUGAUGUUAGGGCUUGAGCAAACAUUCAUGCUUUUAUUCUCGUUUGGUCUUUUAAGCUGGAUUGUGCUAAAAAAAUUGCAGUGUCCUGCA